UAUGGUAAACAUACGAAUUUAGUAUAACUACAAAUAUAUACUAUUUUAUAAUAAUGCAAUGAUUAUAAAAUAACUAUUAUUACUCAAGUGUAAUCAAGUAAAAAUUGUGUAUCAAUGUUAAUAUCAAAAGCUUUUCAUGUUGCAUAAUACAUUAAAAUUAAGAUUUUUGUUAUAAAUUUAAAAGUCUCUAAGAACAUAACCUCUUUAAUCCUUGAAUGAAACAUAUGAAUGUCAAUAUCAUACGAAUGUGACAUGUGAAAAAUGUGAUCUCAGAAGCAAAGUUGUAUGUAAUGUUAUAAACAUUUCACUUGAAAAGAAACUGUAUGUAAUGGAAAAUCAUUCUGUUCGUAUAAAUUACGCGUUAACACCUCGUGACACAGAACAGCAAUUAAUACAUGAUGGUGAAACUAAAUCAUAUGAAGAAAAUAUUAAGAAACACGAAGAAACGAUUGUAACAAGUGAAACUAUGGGUGGUUCAUUCUAUCCCAGAGCAAUGUUAUUUCUAGUAUUAUGGUAUCUCAUUAGUGGAUGUACUUUAUUCUUGAAUAAAUACAUAUUAUCAUAUAUGGAAGGCAAUCCUACAAUUUUGGGUGCUUGUCAAAUGUUAAUGACCACAGUUUGUGGAUUUAUUCAAAUGUAUUUUCCAUGUGGAAUGUACAAAACACGUCCCAGAUUAAUGAGACCAGCAGGUUUUUAUAAGCAUAUGAUAUUGGUUGGAUGUACAAGGUUUACAACUGUAGUACUAGGGCUAGUAUCACUUAAUUAUGUAGCAGUGAGUUUCACAGAAACUAUUAAAAGUAGUGCGCCGCUAUUUACCGUCCUUAUUAGCAGAUAUUUAUUAGGGGAACAUACAGGGUUAUAUGUAAAUUUAUCUUUAAUUCCUUUAAUGUGUGGUCUAGCUCUAUGUUCAAUAAACGAAAUUAGUUUUGACCUCAGAGGAUUUAUUGCAGCUAUGGCUACUAAUGUAACAGAAUGUUUACAAAAUGUUUAUUCCAAAAUGUUAAUCAGUGGUGAUAAUUUUAGAUAUACGCCUGCAGAACUGCAAUUCUAUACUAGUUUAGCAUCAAUAGUGGUACAAAUACCAGUAUUGAUCUUAUUUGUAGAUUUACCAACACUUGAACAUUCUUUGAGUUUUAAAUUAUUCACAGCAUUUUUACUUAAUGGAGUGUUCUUCCAUUUUCAAAGUAUUACAGCAUAUGUACUUAUGAAUUACAUCAGUCCUGUGACACAUAGUGUCGUUAAUACAGCAAAGAGAGCAUCUUUAAUCUGGCUCUCUGUUUUACUAUUUAAUAACCCUGUAACUGGUUUAUCUGCUAUGGGAACAUCUCUAGUAAUAAUAGGAGUAUUAUUGUAUAAUCGAGCACAAGAAUAUGAUAAACUAAACAAAGCAAAGUUACGAUACAAUUCUAAAGUUAAUUUACAAUAAUAUUAAUUAUUCAAAUUAUAAAAAUUUGAUAUUUAAUAAAAAUAAUUAACGCGUUUACGUUAAUUACAUAAUAAAAAAUGAAAACAAAUGUAGUAAUAAUUUUUAUAAUAAAGUAUUUUAUUCACUGCAAUGAUAAAUUAUUUAUAAUUUCAAUUCUCUUUAUAAAGUAAAAGUAUAUUUUAUACUUUAGAUGCAUUUUACAAUAAAACAACUUUAACUGAAUACAUGUAGUAUCAAAAAAGAGGGAUGUGUACGUUUUGUUACGCUGCGAGGUUUUAGUAUGGAUCGCGUUUCUGGCCGUCGCUCGCGGUCCUACAAUGUCGCAGGCGGAUCACCUUAUUUGCCCGACGAGGGGCAUACAAUGUAUCGACGAGUGCAUAGUUGUCGCCAAGCAGCGACUUCCAGAAACGUCGAUUUCGGUCUGUUGUUUCAAAAGAAUGCGGCAUACCGUUAUUAAGUACACAAACUAUAUCACCUUGUUAACAAAUAAAACAUCCUUACUUGUCCUUCCUCUAGACCCAUUUAAAUUACUACAUACAUGUAAUAAUUCAGAUAUUCAUCGUUAC